UUUGUCUUCUAGUCAUUCGAGUCAGUGUAAGCGGCGAGCCUGUGUACGUCGGUCGUUCGGUUCUAGAGUGCAAAUAAUUAGCUGACAGUUUUUGUGGAGAAGAAACAGGAGAUCUAUUCGUAUGAAUAACGACGGUCAGAUGCUUUCUUAUUCCAGGCGAGGCCAUUCCGAAAACACGGAAUCUCUGCUGAGUUCCCCAGUGAGACCAACAGAAAUAUGUCUGUGCUGCAAAGAGGCAUUCGACAUGGCCAGGCGGCCCGUUGUUUUAGGCUGUUGUCACAGAGUCUGCGAACGCUGCGUAAAAGGUGCGAUGACCGAGAGUCGGUGCAAAAUGUGCCCCGAGUGUGGUCAAACCUUCGAAUCCUUCACGCCAAAUAUCAGAAGGAAGUUGGAAAGACCAAUGCUUCCUCAUCCAAGGCCUGGGAAAACAGCGAUCAUCCGUGCCCAGGAAAGGGAAGGACCGCCGAGGGUAUCUCAUUCAAAACUGGAGGGGAGACCCAGCCUUUGCUCCCAGAGGUACGACCUACAUAAGGACAAGCGAUCGAGCAAACUGGAUGUGUUUCUCAGCAAUCACCUGAGUGCCUGCGACGAGAGCAUGGAGAACUGCCAGAACAACCUGUCCCUCAUCGCGACCUCUAUACAGGACAACGAAGUGGCGAAGAAGUAUUUGUUGCAGUGCAAUAAGAAGCUGGAGGCCGUCGAAAAAUAUAGCACGAAACUCCAAGAGGCGAAUACGAAGAGGAUCAAGAAUUUAGACAAGGAAAAUGCCAAACUAAAGGCUUAUCGUUGUCACAUUGAAGCCGAUUCGAAGAAGAUACGCGCAUUUCAUGGAAAGUUAGGCCUUGUGAAUACAUUCCAAAAUGCUGCUCAGCUGACAGAUCAAGAUCCCCACGUCGAGGUCUCGAACCGUUUGCAGGAUAUUCAGAGCUGCCUGAAAACUGGAGAUCUUAAAAGGAAUAGAUAUCAACAGAUCUGCGAGGGGCAGGAGGUCAUCCUGGAGGUUAUCGAGGAAUGCCUCAAGCAACGAGAGGAGGAGAGUGGCGAAGAGGACUUCAACUCUUGCGAUGUAGAAGAAUACGAGGAACCAUGCAAAAUAACAACUAUGCUUGCGAGCCUAUCCAUUCAGCCCGAAGAACUAACGGUCACUGAUCUGCGACGGAUGGAUCAGAAUACCAAGUGCCUAAUUGUGAAAGGAAGCGUCUUCGCGUCUCAGAAUUUCAAAUGCAGAAAAAGGUUUGCCCGUUUGUAUAUCUCGGAGAAUGACGAGCUGCUGAUGGGUCACCUGCAAGAUCUGGAUUUGCCUCCAUGUGCCCACAUUGUUGAGUACAGCGCAGUCAUGGGACUCCAGGAGUCCUACUCCCAGCAGAGCUUCCUCGACCUCAGCAACGCGAGGACAGACCUCGGGCGCCUCUACAUCAAAAUCUUUCCACAGAGCAUGAGAGGCCGCCAAUUCCACGUGUUGUGCACCGGCGAGAUGGGACCCUCCUACGCCAACACCAGAAUCCUGGAAGUCUGCAAUAAGGGCCACGAGAAACUGGAAUCGCUGCGAUGCGGGGAUUACGAAUACGACAACGGUACCGGAGGAAAGGUCCUAGUUCCUUUCAUUACAGAGGCUGUACCUUUCAUGCCAAACGAUGCAACUCACAAGCAGACGUCUGCUCUGUCAGGGUCGCUCACGGGGAUAGGAAGGUGUGAAGGCAAAGCCGGACAGUUCAAAAUCUAUAUGAGACACGACAAUAAUAGGACGGUCAACACGGCCUUCGCCAGAGUCCAAAGCGGGAUGAACAUCUUGCACAAGGCCAUUGUGCGCCACCCCAAUAUCGCCGAAGUCUUCAUAAAAGAGUGCGGAGUCGUCUUGUGGAACGUGGGAAACACAUUUUGAAGUAAUCAAGGCAUAAACUGAGCCAGUAAGAUUGAAUAAAUGUGGUUAUUGAAGUGCCUAUUAUACUGUACGGCGUGUCUGUGGCUAGGAAAUUAUUAUUAUUAUUUUUUUCUGCAUGCAUCGUCCCCUCUUGGAAAUCAAAAUGUAUGAUAGUAAAUUCUACUCGUUGGCACUCAAAGGGAGACAUACAGACAUUACAUGAAUAUUGUUAAUAUGAAGGAAAAUUUUACCGAUUCAUUCCCUUGAGGCAGCUAAUAUUUUAUGAGACUUAAGUAACUUAAGUAAAUAUAUCCGACUCGACUCCAUUAAACAAGUUCCUCUCUCUCUCUCUCUCUCUCUCUCUCUCAGAUGCGGAAGACCAGCCUUCUAGUUUUCACAAGUGAUGACAGAUUUCUCCAUAAAAGUGUGUUAAUUUGUAUAUUGCAAAACACACAUAUAUACAUGCAUGCAUACAC